CGUGCGUUCUCUGUGGCGCGCAUCUUCCCCCCCCCCUCCACCUCCCCUCCCGCCUCUUGAGGGGAAUUGGCGGGAGCGGCCCGGUGAGGGUCGCGGCCCUGCAGUGCGGGCUCCCGGCCGGCUUGAGGGGGCGCUGCGCCGGGAGGGCCGCGUUGGGAAGGCGGGUGUGGGGAGCGCGUGUGUGCUCGGCUCCCUCCUUCUCUCUGUAUCGGAGAGGCAAAGCGGCCCGGUUUCUGCCAUCCCGGCGCUGUGGUAGCGCCGCCCGCGGGGGUCCGGACGCGGGGGAGGCCGCCGCCGCCGCCGCCAUUGCCAUCACCAUCACCAUCACCGCCAUGAAGGACUGCGAGUAUCGGCAGAUCCCGCCGGGCACCCCGGCUGCCCCCACCGCAUCUGGACCCCCGAGCUCCGUAGCCACCAGCACCGCCCCCGCGACUCUGGCUUCGCGGCCCCGCCGCAAAUGGGAGGUUUUCCCCGGGCGCAACCGGUUCUAUUGUGGCGGGCGCCUCAUGCUGGCGCGGCACAGCAGCGUCUUUCUCCUCACGGUCGGCCUCAUUGUGGUCACCAGCGGCCUCUUCUUCGCCUUCGACUGUCCAUUCCUGGCUCAUAACUUGACCAUGGCCAUUCCUAUCAUUGCUGGCAUCCUGUUCUUUUUUGUCAUCAGCUGUUUGCUACAAACCAGCUUCAGAGAUCCCGGUAUUUUGCCCAGAGCCACCCCCAGUGAAGCUGCAGAUCUGGAGAAAUGGAUUGACAACCUCGGCACUUCCACUUAUCGGCCACCUGCCCGAACCAUGGAAGUUGUAAUAAACAAGUAUAUGGUGAAAUUGAAAUAUUGCUACACGUGUAAAAUGUUCCGUCCACCCAGGACUUCCCAUUGCAGUGUCUGUGACAACUGUGUUGAACGAUUUGAUCAUCAUUGCCCCUGGGUAGGCAACUGUGUGGGGAAGCGGAACUAUCGAUUCUUCUAUGCCUUCAUCCUCUCUCUCUCCUUCCUAACUGCCUUCAUCUUUGCUUGUGUCAUCACCCACCUUGCUCUGCGCUCCCAGGGAAACGAUUUCCUCACUGUUUUGAAAACAACACCAGCAAGUCUGUUGGAAUUGGUGAUUUGUUUUUUUUCAGUCUGGUCUAUUUUUGGCCUCUCAGGGUUUCACACUUACUUAAUUGCCUCCAAUUUGACAACCAAUGAGGAUCUCAAGGGGGCAUGGUCAAAUAAGAGAGGUUCUGAAUUUGCCAACCCCUAUAGCCAUAAAAGUGUCCUAAACAACUGCUGUGCAGUGCUCUGUGGGCCAUUUUACCCCAGUUUAAUAGAUAGAAGAGGAUUUGUCCAGGCAGAUGCUGGGACUCCCUCUACUCCUAAGGGUGAAAUCCCUUCCUUUGGAACAAAAUCUGAUGCCAGCAUGUAUGUCCAGGGCACAAAAGAUCUUUUGAGGACCCUCUGCGCCUCGUGGCAAAACUCAAGGCGAACCCAAGAGACCCCUGUCAAAUAUCUGAAAAUACAGCCGUUGCCACCACCUGUGCCUCUCAACCCUCCAGGGCUAUCUAAUUUUUCUAUUGCUGCAUCACUUUCUUUGUCCCAGCAAAAAUAGGGAGAUGCCACCAUGCACAAGGAAAAAGCUAUGCCAAGCCCUCAAGGCUGGAGUGGAGGUGCUCCUGCUACCCCUGGGGUUUGAAGCUUAAAGCCAUACAAAUCAAUUCAUCUGCUGUGAGUGCAAUUAGAGGAAGUUCUUUUGGCUCCUGCAUUUCAGACCUGGUUCAGGGAUGUCCCAAGCCUUCAGAAUUCUUGGGCGAUUUAUACAGUUAUCUAGGUUGGUACCUUGUACUAAUCAAUGACACCGAUCCCAAUCCAGUUCUGUUGUCUAGAAUCAGUGUUUCCAAAGCACACUACGCUUGCGCCAAACGUGAUGCAGUUGGUCAACGUUAGCAACUUUUCAAAAACAAUGCAAUGCACUGUGAGCCAGUAUUCAGGACUGUGUAUGCGUGUGUUUGUGUGUCCGUACGUGUGUGGCUUGCAUGAUUCUAUAGAAACGUAGACAAAAUACGGGAUAAGGGAUCUAGAACUUUCUGGGACUGUAUGCUUUUUAUUUUGCUUUAAUUUUUCUCCUCCAAGCGAAUUCUAAACAUUAUUAUUUGGAAGGUACGCUUGCAAGUGUCUAUGCAGUUUCUGCUGAAAUCUCAGAAGUAAGAUGAACCUAGAUUUCCAUUGACCCAAGUGGAGAUCUAGCACUCGCCAUCUUUACAAAAUGAGAAUUAUGCAACUUUAUAAACUUAUGUACAAUAAGUCAACUUGCCUCCUUUCUAUUCUGCAAAACCUAGAUGCAAAAUUGUAUGUGUGUGUUUGCGUGACAUGUAUUUCCUUCUGUAUUAAGCACAGUACGAUUCACAGCUCUGCUACGUAAGUGUUUGGGUCUGCGGUGUCCUCAAACUAUCACGAGAGGAUAGUUCGGGCUGGAUCACAUCAGUUUAUAUAGACCUAUCCUGCUGAAAUUCAAGCUGCUAUAGCCAGCAGGGCAAGAUUGUGCAGAGUCUGAAUUGAAAACUUUUUUAAAAACUCUAUAAGAGAUGAGAAAGGGGUAUGUGUACUCCUCUGAAUAUAGUUAAUUUAGUGUUUAUACUGGUAACUGAACUUGAGUUUUAGAAGUGGCUUAGAUUUUUCUCUACCUUUUUCUUCUCUUCCGCUUCUCCCCUCCCCCAAUCUAUUGACACUAGUGUUUUGUAGUAUUAGGUAACAGUUUCUGAUCAGAAUUCUUUUCUUGCUUCACCUAUUGCACAUAAUUUCUAGGACGGACAAGACGUAAAUCAGAACAGGGGUUUAUAGGAAGGCUUAUUCCAGCCUUUCCCAACUUGAAGUCCUCUGCAGAGAUGUUGGACUUCAGCUCUCAUCAUUCCAUUCCCCAUGCCGCUUGGGAAAUAGAGUUGAAAAUCUAACACCUUUGCAUAGGGCACAAACUUCCCCAGAUUAAUUCCCUCUAGACAACAGAACCAAACUUGUUUGACCUCUUCAACCGUAUUUUUCUGGAAUUUGAAAUCCAUUUAUGCCUUUCACUUUUGUAACAAUAAAACUUCUCCUAUCUUA